AUGACGAUCGAGACCUUAAACCAUUACACGGUAGAUCAGGGUUUUGCCUACAAACUCGAACGCGCCUUUGAGGAACUCGGCGCGGUGCGCCAAUGCGAAUUCCUCUACAAGGCGCUCGUGGCAGUUAAGCGCAUGACCAGGGUGGACGUGGCCUUUCGCAACGUGAUCGAGUUUAUAAAUUUUGUGCUGCGCCGAGACGACUACAGGGUCAUGAACGUCGUGUUGAAAAACAACAAAAUCGACGUCGAGUGCUACGAACGGGUCGACAUCGUGGAGAAGCAAAUCUGCAAGCGGCAGUGGCGAGUCGAAUUUAAAGAAAAGAGAGAUGGCAAUAAAUACGUGCCCACGCUCCUGAACGACACGUCGACCUUACUCGGCUACUCGUCCAAGAAACUCAUGCAGCACAUUACCAAGGCGCGCACGACGCUCCUGACCAACGGAGAUGUGGAACCGCGCGUCAUCAGGGAUCUGAAGCCGUACGUGGACGCGUACGCUACUGCCAUUCUGCGCCUGCUACUCCUCUACAUCGAAGAGAUCUUUUCCCAUGCGCGCGAGGCGACUCGCGGUAUGGCGGUGGGCGCAAGGACGGCAGCCAAGAUUACGGCGGUCAUGCUAGUAUCCCUGUGCAACUACGCGGCGGUGCGCGUAAAGUUUUCGCAAAACAACAAGCCACAGGACGUCAUCAACCUCCUGGUCGAAGAGAGCAACAGGUUGUACACGAGUAACGUCGAGAACGGAGUGUACCGCUGCGACACCGACUACAUGACGCUCCGGACCGUCAUGCCGGCCGAGCGGGUCACGGACGACGUCAACAUCAUCGAUCCGGCCAUCUCUACGACGCUGCGUGACCACAACGAGCUCAUCAUGAAGAGUUCCGACACGAUCCCCGUGCCGCGGACCAACCACUACGUGCUAGCCCUGCAGAAGGAGAAGGCGCCGGCCACCGAGGUGUCGGUCCUUAACAUCGCCUCCAUCAUAGAACAGUGCAUGAGCAACGGGCGCGUGGACUCUCGCUUCGUCGAAGUGCACAAACAGUCGGACCAGGGCACGCAGGAGCUCAACAGAUUUUACAGCCAGGCCUGUUGCGUCUCGCCCCGUAACCUCGGUCUGUUUCUACAGUGCCUAAACUUUGAGAUGAUGGACUCGGACAUGUUUGGGGCCACCUUACAGUGCCUCAAGAUGACCAAGGGCAUACCCACUCCGCGCCAGGAAGAAAUUGCCACCUACUCAAACACGGCGCUAUUUCGGAUGGCCACCAACCUGUUUUAUCACACGCGUUUCUGCAGGAGCUACCGCGGCGAAAACACCUACCUGUACGACUCGCGCUUCUUUAACGACUUUCUACUCUGGGUCCAGUCGCCCAACUAUCUGGAACACCACAUCUCGCCUAGCGUGUCGUCGUCCAUCAUCUCGUGGUGCACGUCCAUGUCUACUGCCAUGCACACUACGCGCGACGCCAACGGAGCGAAGUGCGCCAUGGCGGCCAUAUCCACUUGCGAGGUGGACCAACGCGUACUAGCCGACUUUUUGAACAUGUUCAUCAAGCUCUUUAUCGAGGACGAGACCGAGAUUAGCGUCAUCAACAAGAAAUUUCUCGAGAAGGAACUACUCAAGGCUUUUGCCUCCGUGUCUAAUUGCUACAACCUGUUUAGGGGGCAGUUUGUUUCGGCGACGGCCUUGCGCCUCUUCCUAGCCCGUUGUAGGUGGUCCGUGGCCGACGACGUGGAAGUCAUCGUUCCGGUCGAAACAAAGCAUCUCAACAGACUGAUAUGCGACAGCGACGACCUGUUGUCCAACUCGAUGCGAGACAAGCUCCGUAAAACCAUGGAAGACGUCUCCACGAUGAUGGCGCCGCUACUCUCCAAUCCAUCCACGUCCACGCCUCGCAGCAAGGACGACGACAGCAACGUGCCCAUAUGCAUUUGAAAUAAAAAACCGCCAA